AUGUUGCUCAUCCCUUAUUUCUUCUACAUUGGUUUUACGUCGACGUUUUGGUCCAGUGUCAACGGCACAGCGCUUGGUUACACUCGCGCUUUCGGGAACGUACGAGAAUCCCUCGUUGGGCUGAACGGAGUGUUCCAAGGAGUAGGAGAAAUAACAGGUGGUGUGUUCCUAGGAAUUUUUGGUGCCUGGUCGAUCAAGAAAGGGCGAGAUGUGUUUCUAGUCGCGGGAUUUAUCGUGCAUCUGACAGCGUUCUAUUUGAUCUUCUUGAACAUGCCCCCGUUGUCGUCCCUACAAAUGACCAGUGAAAUGUCCUAUAUUGGACCGAGUCCGUAUAUCGCCAUGCUUUGCACAGCUUUAAUAGGAUUCGGCGAUGCAAUUUGGAACAAUCAGCUAAUGGCGUAUUUGGGAAGCGCUUAUCCUCUUCAAACGGUUGCUGCUUUCGGAGUCUAUCAGUUUAUGACGGCUAUUGGCAAUGUUAUCGCAGCCGGAUACUCAACAGUAUUAUCUUUGCCGUUUCAUCUUUUGAUUAUGGUGAUGACUGGCAUUCCGGCCUUGGCGGGAUACAGUUGGUUAGAAUGGAAAACAUUUCCGAAAAAGGGAUUCUCCAAUGGAGGACAAAAAGGAAUGGAAAUGAGCCACUCGCUCCGCCGUUCAAAGACUGGAUAA